GGAUUUUUUUUAUUUUUUUUUCUCGAGGCAGAGCUGGGCUGGUGGCUGCUUCAAUCAAAGGGAAAAAGGCAGAGGGGAAGGAGAGGCUCUGCGGAGAGAUGUAAAGAUGGCAGAGCUACAAAUGUUGUUAGAGGAAGAGAUUCCGGCCGGUAAAAGAGCGCUUGUAGAGAGUUACCAGAACCUCACCAGAGUAGCAGACUACUGCGAGAACAAUUAUGUCCAGGCCCAGGACAAGAGGAAAGCUCUGGAGGAGACCAAAGCCUACACCACCCAGUCCCUGGCCAGCGUGGCCUACCAGAUCAAUGCCUUAGCCAACAAUGUACUCCAGCUGCUGGACAUCCAGGCCUCGCAGCUGCGGCGCAUGGAGUCCUCCAUCAACCACAUCUCCCAGACGGUGGACAUUCACAAAGAGAAGGUGGCCAGGCGGGAGAUCGGGAUCCUGACCACCAACAAGAACACAUCGAGGACCCAUAAGAUCAUAGCACCAGCUAAUAUGGAGCGACCGGUCAGGUACAUCAGGAAGCCCAUUGACUACACUGUACUGGACGACGUCGGCCAUGGUGUUAAGUGGCUAAAAGCCAAGCAACAUGGAAACAAUCAGUCAAUCAGAGGAGGAACACUAUCGAGGACCAAUCCGCCGACGCAGAAGCCGCCAAGCCCUCCCAUGUCAGGGCGUGGCACGCUCGGACGCAACACGUCCUACAAGACCCUGGAGCCGGUGAAGCCGCCCACGGUGCCCAAUGACUACAUGACCAGUCCCGCCCGACUAGGCAGCCAGCACGGCCAGCAGCACAGCCCCGGCCGCACGGCGUCGCUCAACCAGAGGCAACGUACUCACAGUGGAAGCAGCGGGGGUAGUGGCAGCAGGGAGAACAGCGGCAGCAGCGGUAUUGGCAUUCCCAUCGCCGUGCCUACGCCCUCCAUCCCCAACUCUGGACCAGUCCCGCCCAUGUCCGCUCCCCCGGGGGCACCUCCCCCACCCCCUCCUCCACCACCACCUCCUCCUCCUCCUCCCAUGGCCGGGCUCGGCCCCCCAGCACCACCACCACCACCACCACUACCUAUAGUGGUGGCCCCUGGGCCUGGUCUGGGCCCCGCUCCAAUGUCCCAGUUUGGAACCAUCUCGCGGCAGAUUUCGCGGCACAACCCCUCCAACUCCUCUGUCUCUAUGGUUUCGGCCACGGGCACCUACCGCCGGGCGCCGUCGGUCACUUCCCAGUUCUCCUUGCAGCAGCAGCAACAACUACAGCAGCAACAGCAGCAGCAGCAACAGCAGCAACAACAACAACAACAACAACAACAACAACAACAGCAGCAACAGCAGCCUCAUAUUAAUGGAGGCACUCCUGGCUAUGGCCAGAAUUCAAUGUCUAUCGCUCCUCCUCCUCCCCCCAUGCCCCAGCUGACUCCACAGAUACCUCUGACUGGCUUUGUGGCCAGGAUGCAGGAGAGCAUUGCAGAUACUCCCACUCCGCCUCCCCCUCCGCCUCCGGAUGACUUGCCCAUGUUCGACGACUCUCCUCCACCUCCGCCGCCUCCUCCAGUGGACUACGAGGAGGAGGACGCCGCCGUCGUGCAGUACAACGACCCCUACGCUGACGGAGACCCGCAGUGGGCACCCAAGAACUACGUCGAGAAAGUGGUAGCCAUCUACGACUACAGCAAGGACAAGGACGACGAGUUGUCUUUCAUGGAGGGGUCGAUCAUUUACGUCAUCAAGAAGAACGAUGACGGCUGGUUCGAGGGCGUCUCCGGAGGCGUCACCGGACUGUUCCCUGGCAACUACGUGGAGUCCAUCAUGCACUACGCCGACUGAAGGGACCUCGCAGUAACCAUACAGUCUAUUUAUUCAGUCAUAUCAUAAUCCACUGAGAGACUGACCGCCGCAAUCUUGACUCCUGAGACGCAUAGACAUAACUGUAUGAUCCCCCCUUUUUGAUAUGACAGAAUGUUCUUUCCCUUAACUGAUUGCAAAUAAAAUGAAAAGUAAUAUCUAUUUAGUUUAUUUUGGUGUUAUAUGGGCGGGUUGGGGACAUUUAUGGAAUAUGUAAAAAAAAAAAAAAUAAUAAUAAAACCCAAAAAAAGAAUUUAAAAAAUAGUUUCUAAAGAAUUUGACUGCACGUGCUCACACCGGUUGAUAUCAAAGACGAUGGUCACACAGCUGAAGGGUGUACGACAUCAUCUUGCCUGGACAAAAAAAAAAAUUGGCGAUUCGGGACUGAAUCUGAACAAGAGUGUUAGGUUUGACGGAACAAAUAAAAUGGCGAUGUCACGUAAACGCACCUUCAGUUGAAAGUGUUACCGUCAGUUGUAUAUAAUGUGAGCUGCAGCCACUUGGGUUUAUGUAAUGUGAAUUCAGUGAAUGUCGAUUAUUUGAUAGUUUUCAUUAGUGGUGCUCUCCUCGACUCCGUAAGGCUCAUUCGUAAAAAAUAAACGCAGAUGGCCUGUUGAUCAUUUACAAGUUUAAAUACUGUAUAUGGUAUUUCAAAGACAAAUAAUUACUCCUGAAAACCAGUCUUGGCGUGAAAGCAUGCAAAAUUUUGAGAUAUAAUGUAAUCUUAAGUUUAUUGCCAUUAUGCUUCCAUUAUGUUGUAAAUGUAUUCACCUUUUUAAUUUUUAUUACACUGUUGAAAUCACUGAACUUUUCAGACUCUGAAGUGAAUUUCCAGCUUUCCCAUGGUCUCACCCUCUAUAUACCGAUUUGCAUCUUAAAAAUGAAAUGGAGUUUACUUUUUUCAUGCAUUUAGAUCUGUUUGAAGCAAGAGAACACAUUCCAUAUUAUUAUUUUUUGGCUUAUUAUCAAGCAUUUUAAGGUUAUGUCACAUCACUGUUAUUAACUUUAUACUUAUCCACUUAAAACCUGUAGGAUCCAUUGUUAACAUUGGAAAUAAUGGACUCUGAUGGACAGCGUGAAGUGAUGAUUAGACAGGAAUUGUCGUGCCUGACACUGCCAUGUGACAAUUCAGAUGUAAUGUAGACCAAUAAACAACUCUAAUACCUCCUCAGUCUUCACCAGGCAACAAUGACCUGCUCUGGGUUCAAGGACCAUGUUGAAUGCUAUGAACAUGAAAUCCUCUGGGUUGCACAGGUGUAUAUAUUUUAACUCAAGUUAAAUCAGCCAAUCAAUAUUUAGGUUUCACUCAGGUCUAGGAAUCAUCUUUAUAACAUUGUAUUUUUUCUGUUGGCCCACGUGCAUCUAACAUGACCUAAUUUUUUGACUCCAAAUGCAUUCGUCAUCGUUUACCAUUUCAGGAUACUGCAGCUAACGCCUUGAUAUUUUGCCCAUUUGCUUUAGUUUUUCCAACAAACAAACUUGUUCCGUCUCAAUUUCAUGGGUAGAAAUCUUGAACUCUAUCCCUGUCUGCCCUUCAUUUGUACAUAUAAUAUGUUGAUUGAAAAAUUAAUGUACAGUCUUUUAUAAUAAACAAUUCUACGUAUACAA